UACAGACGAUGGAUUGAAAGAGGCGUUGCGCCCACAAUAAGCCAGUGGCUGAUUGCUGACCUUGUGGACUGGCUUUGAGGGCCCACCGGGAGGGAGCUCGAGGGGGUGAAUUGCGAGAGGCGACCGGCGGCUCUGCCCGGGUGGAGGGAAGGAAGAAGGUCCGGUCCGGCUCGGUUCGGCUCGGCCCGGCCCGUGGAGGAGCCGAAGGCGCAGGGGCUGCCCUGGGCUCGCCCGACCGAGGCCCGGCGUCGCCCCCUCUUCCACCCCUUCUCCAGCCGAGGGCGAGUGACGCGAUGAGAGUUCAGCUCAAGUCCCAGAAAUCCUGGAUUGAAGGAGUCUUUGACAAAAGAGAAUGUACCAAAGUAAUUCCCAGCUCAAAAGAUCCACACAGAUGUACUGCAGGGUGCCAGGUGUGCCAGAAUUUAAUAAGAUGUUACUGUGGGCGGUUGAUUGGAGACCAUUAUGGGAUGGACUAUAGUUGGUCAGCGGUCUCUUUGGCUGCUAAGGGCCAAAGAGAAGAAGAAGAAGAAUGGUCUGUUGAAAAGCACACAAAGAAAAGUCCUACUGAUUCAUUCGGUACUAUCAACUUCCAAGACGGGGAUCACUCCUACCAUGCCAAGUAUAUUAGAACCUCAUAUGACACAAAACUGGACCAGCUAUCCCAUCUGAUGUUGAAAGAAUGGAAAAUGGAGCUGCCAAAACUAGUCAUUUCUGUUCACGGAGGCAUCCAGAACUUUAAAAUGUCCUCUAAGUUCAAAAAGAUUUUCAGCAAUGGUUUGCUCAAAGCUGCAGAGACGACAGGAGCGUGGAUAAUAACGGAAGGCAUCAACACAGGAGUGUCCAAGCACGUUGGGGAUGCCUUGAAAACUUUCUCCUCUCCCUGCCUGAGGAAGAUCUGGGCUGUUGGAAUCCCUCCCUGGGGUGUCAUUGAGAACCGGAGAGAUCUUGUUGGAAAGGAUGUUGUUUGUCUGUACCAGACCCUAGGCAAUCCCCUCAGCAAGCUCACCACGCUUAACAGCAUGCAUUCACAUUUCAUCCUGUCAGACGAUGGGACAGUGGGCAAGUACGGAAAUGAAAUGAAGCUCAGGAGGAACCUGGAAAGAUAUCUGUCCUUGCAAAAAAUACACACCCGCAUGGGCCAAGGUGUACCAGUGGUGGGCCUGGUGGUGGAAGGAGGCCCUAACGUGAUCCUCAUGGUGUGGGAGUAUGUGAGGGACCAGUCCCCUGUUCCUGUGGUGGUGUGUGAGGGCACGGGCAGAGCUGCAGAUCUCUUGGCAUUCACCCACAAGCACACAGCCGAUGAAGGGCAACUACGCCCUCAGGUGAAGGAGGAGAUCAUUCAUAUGAUUCAAAACACUUUCAAUUUUAGUCCUAACCAGUCCAAUCACCUAUUUCAGAUUCUAAUGGAGUGUAUGGAACAUAGAGAAUCUAUCACUAUCUUUGAUGCUGAUUCAGAGGAACAUCAGGACCUUGAUUUAGCAAUCUUGACAGCCCUGCUGAAAGGUACAAGUUUGUCCGCAUCAGAUCAACUAAGCUUGGCUCUGGCCUGGAACAGAGUGGACAUUGCAAAGAAACAUAUUCUUGUUUAUGGACAGCAUUGGAAGGUCGGCUCCUUGGAGCAGUCCAUGCUCGAUGCUUUAGUGAUGGAUCGGGUGGACUUUGUAAAGCUCUUAAUAGAGCAUGGCGUCAACCUGCAUCGCUUCCUCACUAUUUCCCGUCUGGAAGAGCUCUAUAACAUAAAACAAGGACCAACCAAUCUGCUAUUGCAUCAUCUCGUCCGAGAUGUAAAACAGAGUACCCUUCCUUUGGAUUAUAAAAUAUCCCUAAUUGAUAUUGGACUGGUAAUAGAAUACUUGAUUGGUGGAGCCUAUCGAAGCAGCUAUACAAGAAAGCAUUUCAGAGUUCUAUAUAAUAGUCUCUACAGGAAACAUAAGAGAGUGUCCAGCUUUACCCGCAACUUUUCUCAUCCUUCCCUUCAUCUUAACGUCCAUUCAGGAAGCAGAAAUGGAUCUGCUGAAAGUACCUUGCACUCCCAGUUCAUCAGAACAGCCCAGCCAUAUAAAUCCAAGGAGAAGUUAGUAACUCUUCAUAAGUCCAGGAAGAAGCUAAAGGAAGAACCCAGCUUUCCAGAAGAACCAGAGUGUGCUGGCUUUAUUUACCCUUAUAAUGACCUGCUGGUUUGGGCAGUGUUAAUGAAAAGGCAGAAGAUGGCCAUGUUCUUCUGGCAGCAUGGAGAAGAGGCCAUGGUUAAGGCAGUGAUUGCCUGCAAACUGUACCGGGCAAUGGCGCGUGAAGCCAAGGAGAGCAACAUGGUGGAUGAUGCCUCAGAAGAAUUGAAAAAUUACUCAAAGGAGUUUGGCCAGCUUGCUCUCGAUGUGCUUGAGAAGGCAUUCAAACAGAAUGAGCAGAUGGCCAUGAAGCUGCUGACGUAUGAACUGAAAAACUGGAGCAACUCUACCUGUUUGAAGCUGGCUGUGUCAGUGGGGCUUCGGCCUUUUGUUUCACAUACCUGUACCCAGAUGUUGUUGACUGACAUGUGGAUGGGACGCUUGAAAAUGAGGAAAAAUUCUUGGUUGAAGGUCAUUAUAAGUAUUCUUAUACCACCCACCAUCUUGAUGUUGGAGUUCAAAAGCAAGGCUGAGAUGUCUCACAUUCCCCAGCCACAGGACUUCCACCAGUUUACGUGGUAUUAUGGUGAGCCAAGCCCCAGCAGCACUAAAGAAAGUCUCUCUCCUAAGGAUUAUGAUAUGGAAAAGGGACAAGAGAAGCCUGAUGAAAGUCACACCUUCGCUCCCAGUACUGGACCCCAAAGUCUUCCUGGGACCAGGAAAGUCUAUGAAUUCUACAACGCUCCACUUGUCAAGUUCUGGUUUUAUACGAUGGCAUACUUGGCAUUUCUCAUGCUGUUCACUUUCACUGUCUUGGUGGAGAUGCAGCCCUUGCCGACAGUACAAGAAUGGCUCGUGAUCAUCUACAUUUUUACCACUGCCAUUGAGAAAGUCAGGGAGAUAUUUAUUUCAGAACCGGGAAAGUUUAGCCAAAAAGUGAAAGUGUGGAUUCAUGAAUACUGGAAUUUGACGGAUACCAUAGCUAUCAUCCUAUUCACGAUUGGCUUUAGCCUCCGCUGGUCUGACCCUCCUGUUCAAACAGCUGGGAGGUUAAUUUACUGCAUUGAUAUAAUAUUCUGGUAUUCACGACUUCUGGACUUCUUGGCUGUGAAUCAACAUGCAGGCCCCUACCUGACAAUGAUUGGGAAAAUGACAGCAAACAUGUUCUACAUUGUGAUCAUGAUGGCCAUAGUGCUGUUGAGCUUUGGGGUGGCACGAAAGGCGAUCCUAUCUCCAAAGGAACAUCCAUCUUGGAGUCUAGCUCGUGAUAUUGUGUUUGAGCCAUAUUGGAUGAUGUUUGGAGAGGUCUAUGCUGGAGAGAUAGAUGCUUGUUCAAAUAGAGAAAAUUGUCCUCCCGGUUCUUUUCUCACUCCAUUCCUCCAAGCUGUCUACCUUUUUGUUCAGUACAUCAUCAUGGUGAACCUGCUGAUUGCAUUCUUUAAUAAUGUUUACUUUGAUAUGAAGUCAAUUUCGAACAAUCUCUGGAAGUACAAUCGCUAUCGCUACAUUAUGACUUACCAUGAAAAGCCUUGGCUCCCCCCACCUUUCAUCUUGCUGAGUCACAUUGGCCUUCUUGUGCGCCGCAUCUGCCAUCAUCGAAGGCCACAUGAACAGGACCAAGAAGAAGGAGAUGUUGGAUUAAAACUCUACCUGAGCGAGGAGGAUCUAAAGAAGCUUCAUGAUUUUGAGGAGCGCUGUGUGGAGGAGUACUUCCAUGAAAAGACUGAAAGCCUUCAUUCAAGCAAUGAGGAAAGGAUCCGGGUGACAACUGAAAGGGUUGCAGAGAUGUGCUUCCAGAUGAAAGAAGUGCAUGAGAGAGUGUUCUACAUAAAGGACUCUUUAGUCUCUUUAGACAGCCACCUGGGGCAUUUGCAAGACCUCUCCGCCCUGACUGUUGAUACCUUAAAAGUUAUCUCCGCCGUCGAUACCUUGCAAGUGGAGGAGGCCCGGCUGGCCACUGCAAAGCACAGUGCUUGUAGGAAGCUUCCCCACAGUUGGAAUAAUAUCAUCUAUUCAGAGUCUCUAGGGAGCUUGGAAGGCUCUGGGGAUAAAAAAUACCAAUAUUACAGCAUGCCCCCAUCCUUGCUGCGGAGCAUGGCUAGAAGCCAGUGUCCUUCGGAAAGCCAGAAGAGUCCUCUUCGUGGAAUCAUGGACCCUCAGAAAGAGAACGCAAAUACCAUGGGCAGCUGGGAACAGCUAGAAGCAGAAAGCGGUGUCAUCCCUUCUGAAGUGUCCCAGGAUUGCCCAGAUCUUCCCAAGUUUGGCCAGUUUCUUCUGGUUCCUCCUUAUCGAAAAGGAGCGUUCUCCGAAGAGACUGGCUCUGCUGUGUCCCCUACGAGCCCUGCUGACAAAUCCCAAGUAGGCCUGCUGGCAGCCAAACUGCAAGUUAACCCUCAGGAUGUUCCUUUUCAACUGAUUGUGCAGGAUUCAGUUCUAGAGCCCAGGCCAGCCAGAGAACAAGAGAAUGACAACUCAGUCAUUCAUUUGCCUUCUGAACAGGAGAGUGGGGAAGUAUUCUCACCAACUCUAAAUUCAGCACCUGCAGUUGCAAGGACAGUUUCAUUCCCUUCUAAGACCAACAGUAUGGAGAUUGGAGGUGGCUACGUGAACUGGGCCUUUUCUGAAGGAGAUGAAAUGGGGGUGUUUAACAACCCGAAAAAAUGGCAAGUGAUUGGGCCGACUUCCUGUCACAGUGAUUACAACAGCACGAACAACGGUUCCUAUCCCAUCCAGAUCUGGGAAUCCAAAUCGUUUUCCUACAACUCAGAAAGAUCACGGCAGAGUAGUGACAGCUCAGAAUCAGGGCUGUUGCUGCAUCGAAGCUCCUCCUUCUGGAUCAACCCACUCCGUAGAGAUUGGACCGUCUGCAGAGGUGGCAGCCUUAGGUCCCAGAAAGAGGAGGGAUUGGUAAAGACCUGCAAAAGUAAAGAGUUUUCAAGAACCUCAGAGAAGUACCAGUCUGCAUGGGCAAAAACAAAACUUCGAAAUAGGGACAAAAAGUCACAGAAGGAGAAGAAGAAACGACAAACACUUCAAGUGCCAGUGAUUACUGUGGAUGGAUGUACCCAGAACGCCCCCAUGAAUUCAGAACCAGCGGAAAAUCAUCUCUCAGGUGAAGAAAUGGAGCAUGCAAAGAAGUGGCUUACUGCAUCCAAAUUCAGUCAGAUAAGUCUUGAAGCAUAUAUGCACCAGAAAGUUAAAAGUCAAGAAAUUGAAAGACACACUGUGCAACUCAGUGACUAUUUGAGGCAGUCACAAGAGGAUUUAAGCAAUAUUUCUCUUUGGACCACCAAGAGCAACAACCCAAGCAGAAACUCCUCGUUGAGAAGUUCAAAAGGAGUUGACAAAAUCUCAGCCUCCUUAAAAACCCCUCAAGAUCUGCACCAUCAUUACUCAGCGGUGGAAAGGAACAAUUUAAUGAGACUCUCUCAGACCAUACCAUUUACCCCAAUCAAACUCUUUGCUGGAGAAGAAGUGACUAUCUACAGGCUAGAGGAAAGUUCUCCUUUGAAUCUUGAUAAAAGUAUGUCCUCCUGGUCACAGCAUGGGACGGCGGCAUUGAUUCAGGUCUUGUCCCGAGAGGAGAUGGAUGGAGGUCUCCGAAAGGCCAUGAAAGUGGUCUGUACAUGGUCUGAGAAUGACGUGCUGAAGCCUGGGCAAGUCUUCAUCGUGAAGUCCUUUCUCCCGGAGGUAGUACGGACAUGGCACAAAAUUUUUCGGGAUAGCACCGUGCUUCACCUCUGUCUCAGGGAGAUCCAACAGCAAAGAGCGGCUCAAAAGCUGAUUUAUACCUUCAACCAGGUGAAACCGCAUACGAUUCCGUAUACUCCAAGAUUUCUGGAGGUCUUCCUAAUAUACUGCCAUUCAGCUAACCAAUGGCUGACUAUAGAGAAGUAUAUGACAGGCGAGUUCCAUAAGUACAACAAUAACAAUGGUGAUGAGAUCUGCCCCAGCAAUAUCCUGGAAGAACUGAUGUUGGCCUUUUCCCACUGGACGUAUGAAUACACCCGGGGAGAACUACUUGUUCUGGAUUUGCAAGGUGUUGGAGAAAAUCUGACAGAUCCGUCUGUUAUUAAACCUGAAGAUAAACGAUCAAGUCGAAUGGUGUUUGGACCGGCAAACUUAGGGGAAGAUGCAAUUAGAAAUUUUAUUGCAAAGCACCGCUGUAACUCCUGCUGUAGGAAACUCAAACUCCCCGAUCUAAGAAGAAAUGAUUACACCCCAGAAAGGGUCAACUCAGUCUUUGAGACUGAAACAAAAGAACCAGCAGCCAGAGCAGAGGAUGAAGAUAGCAACGAGUGCCCAGAAUACCACACCCGAUUGUAAUAGGGAGCUCGUAGGAAGAGUCAUUGCUGCCUCCCGUGUACUUGAGGACCCACACAGUGUUGAUAGUCACACUGACUGUGAAUAUGAUAUUGCUCUCAAAGGACCAAACAGAUCGACAUGGGCUUCUGGGCUGUGAGAUUUCUGUUUCGACCUAUCCUGAAGACACAACAGGGGCAUGAAAAAUGUGUUCCUCUUACUACUGACCUCCGUACAUUGACACUUAGUAUGUGUUCUUAAUCCUGAUGUUCUGCCUGAAGGCAAUUGGAAGGGCCAUUUGGGAAUGCAGUUCAUGUAUACCUCAGUGCUUUAUUUGGUCAUUGCCAGCUUCUGUUCAGCACAGUGGUGGGUACUGAAGAACCAGUGGGAUUAAUUUAGUUUCUCAAAGAGAUUUUCUCCUUGCAGCUUAUUCACCCCAUACAAAUAUUGUAUUUAUGUAUAUAUGUAAAGAAAAUGCUCAGAUGCAUUACCUUUCUCCCAUCCACAGCUUGACAGACACAUGCAAACAUUUGUGUGUGUGUGUGUUUGUGUGUUUGGUUCACUGGUAAAUGGGAAUUGGUAAAGUGCUAUUUGCAUAGCUUGGAGAACACUUUUGGUAUAUGUUGAACCCUUCAAAAUUUAGGGGCAUUUAAAAUUAGACUUUGUUCCUGUACUCAAUAAGGCCCAAAUAUUUCACUAUCCUCUCAAAAGAAGGAAAAGCAAUAAAAAAAUAAGCUGUGAUGGAAA